UCAUCACCUCAAAAACUCCUUCAAGUUUUUGCAAUACUCUUUUAACUCUUCAUUCGUCUUUUGAUCUAAUUUUUUGAACACUUUUAGCCAUCAUGGGUGUUCUAUCUUAUGAAUCUGAGUUCACCUCCUCCAUCCCUCCUGCUAGGCUUUUCAAGGCCUUUGUGCUUGAUGCAGACAACCUCUUUCCAAAGCUCGCUCCCAAUGCAGUUAAGUCUGUUGAAAUCAUUGAAGGAGAUGGAGGUGCUGGAACCAUUAAGAAGAUCACCUUUGGUGAAGGCAGCCAUUUCAACUACUCAAAGCAAAAGAUUGAAACAGUUGACAAAGACAACUUCGUUUACGCCUACAGUUUGAUUGAAGGAGAUGCCUUGACAGAGAAACUUGAGAAAAUCUCUUAUGAGAACAAGUUUACUGCAGCUGAUGGAGGAUCCAUCAUCAAGAGUAUCAGCAAAUACCACACCAAGACCGACGACCAUGAUAUCACAGAAGACAAAAUCAAGGCAGGGAAAGAAAAGGCAGCUCAUCUCUUCAAGGUUGUUGAAAAGUACCUCCAAGAGAAUCCUGAUGCCUACAACUAAAACUAGUUUUAUCAAUGUUACCUCUAUGUAUUGUUCAUUGAAGUGUGUUUUCCCAUAGUCAUUCCCACCAAUUUCUGGAUUUUGGGCUCUUUUUUUUUCUUUUUCUUUUUCCUCAGAAUGUUAAAGUGUGAACAUUUUAUUUCUUUUAUUAUAAUCAAAUAAAAGCAUAUGUUGAGUGAUCAUCAAAGAUAUAA